GUUCCAAGGUGUGGUACAUGUAGUAGCCACUUUAUUGCCCCACGUUUUUAAGGUACCGGUCGUCAUACCUGUACCGAGUUGAGGCUGCUUAGGAAGUAAACUAAGCGGAAACAUAACUACCUGCCUACCUAGGUAUACAAACCAUAUAUCUAUUACCUUCUCUUUCACUCUUUUCAAUUUCCUCUUUCCAAUGGCAACAGCGCGCCUCCCAGCCCUGCGGAACCUCAUAGGGCGGCGGCUGCAGCAGCAGCCCUCCUUCCGGCUGCCGAACCCGCAGCGCCGCUGGGCCCAGGUCCACGACGUGCGCUUCCUCGCCACCACCCAGGCUUCCCGCAGCGUGCUCGAAAAGUACCGCGAGAAGCUCGACCGCAAGGCGCGCGAGGAAGGGCUGAAGGAUAUCGGCGAGCUCAAGGAGGCGUACAAGGACCGCAUACAGGAAGUGAAAAGGAAGGAUAGCGUUUCGAUACCCGGGUUGGAUGCGCUGCUCGCUGAUGCGGCCGCGCCUACGCCUACGCCUACGCCUACAACGCAGACGACGAGUCCCGACGGAAUAACCCAGAAACCACCACCACCACCACCAUCCAGCAAACCAACCACAACCAUCAAACCCCUCUCCUCCAUCCUCGACCUCCCCAAAGCCCGCCUCCUCCCCGAAAAGGAACUAACCGCCAUCUGGCGCCUCCACCACGCCACCUCCUCCCCCCGCUCCCUCUGCGCCUCCAUCCCCCUCCCCACCUACACCACCCUCGCGGCCACCGCGCGGCAACACCCCACCUUCGUCCUCCCCGUCCCCCGCGGCCCCUCCGUCGGCGCCGAGAUCCACUUCCUGCAGUGGGUCUUCGACGCCGAGACCCAGACGGCGACGGUGCUGUUCACGCAGCUGGCGGAGUACAAGGCGCGCGGCGAGUGGGCGUGCCCGCACACGAGCGUGACGCACUACUUCGACGAGGAGCUCGCGAGGAGGCAGGGCGUGGUGCUGAUGGCGGGGGCCGUGGUGGAGGGGAGAGGUGCGAGCGUGGAGGAUGCGCGGUGGCUUGUUUUGCUGCUGCAGGGGUUUUACGGGGCUGGGGCUGUUGGGGAGGGGGAGGGGAAGGGGAAGGGGAGUGAGAAAAAGAGGCUGUUGGAGGAGUUUACGAGGGGGGGUGGGGGGUUUACCGUUGAGAGGUUGUUGGAGGAGAGUGAGAAGUUGCCUUGAGGUUGCAGGUUGCAGGUUGAAGUGUGUUGGGCGUUGGGCGUUUUGAGAGAGAGAGAGUGUGUAUAUAUAUAUAUAUAUAUAUAGGGGUACGAAUUUGUUGUAGUAGAUGAUGAUGAAAAUAGAGAUGAAGAUGGAGAAAAGAAGGAGGAUAGGGGACAGGGACAUGUACUACUAUAAGUGCUGUAUACUACGUACUACUACUACUACUACCACCACCACCACUACUACUAUAGAGGUAGUAAAAUAGUUGGUACGCAGGUAUCUAUUCCAACUUACCUAUGUAGACGAGUCUCUAAACUAGGCAU